GACAACAUUUAAUCGAAGGAAACCACGAGGGAGAACUAGUCUCCCUGGCAAUAGUAGACGAUAAAGUGUAUGUUCUACCAGACAAAGGAACAGGAUAUGUAACAGAUAAAAGAGAAUUCACAGGGGAUCAAUGGAGAUGUCUAACUGUGUUAGAAGCUGCAUUGUUGGCCGAAAAUAAGCCAAUGUAUCUACCAGGUUACGGUCCGAAGAGUCCAAUGUCAACAACAGCUGUAAUCGAGUAUAGGUCAAGGAACAUGAACAAAGACUUGGGAAACACGGAGGCGAGGGCCACAGGCGAGUCCAAGUCAAGCAAAUUGACUGGAGGCGAGACGAAUGGCGGCGAGAUAAGUGCAGGCGGGAAAAACACAGAUGAUGAAACAGUUGAGCCUAACGGCAACAAGACUGUCAAGACAGUUUCUGUAGACAUACAGCUGGCUGAGCUGAAGAGCAUGGUGGAAAAAUUGUGCAACUCAAAUAUAACUUCAACAAAGGCACUGUAUGAAAGUUUAACAGAGAACAGAAACCAGUUGAGACUAAAUGCUGAGGCGAGAGCAAAAGAUAAAAAGGAAGUACAGGAGCUGUUGAGUGCCCUGGACAAAAAGCACAACGAUAAAAUAGAAGAAGUAAAAAGAACUUUCAAUGAAUAUCGCACUAAUGUCGAAUCAUCAAUUAAGCACAAGGGGCCGAGGUGUUUUGCCUGUCAGGCGUAUGGGCACAAAGGACCAGACUGUCCCAAUAAAGGGAAAGGAUACUUGUGCUACAAGUGCAAUCAAUUUGGGAAUCACAAGGCGAGUGAUUGCCCAAACAUCAUUAACAAUGACAAUGCACCAAGUGGUCCGGGAAACUCUGAACAGACUCCAAGGAUGUAA